AUGGAAUCCAUCGUCGUCUGCGACGGCGGAGUAGAAGGUGGAGGAGAUGUCGACGGUUGCGAUGGCGAGGGAAGCUUGGUUAUGUUACCGGCGGCUCUGUUGGAGACAAUCAUGACGAAACUCGACGUUGCGUCUCUCUGCUCGUUAGCGUCCACUUGCAAAACAUUAAAUAGCUGUGUUACUCGUGUCCUCACCUUCACUCCCAACUUCCACAUCUUCAAUGUUUCACUGUCAAUGGAAACUGUUAGGCCAUUGUUGUUUCCGAAUCAGCAACUUUCAAGCCUCAAGCUUGAUUGUGGACGGCUUGGGAAUUCAGCAAUUGACAUAUUGGCACGGCCUUCUCUGAAGGAGAUCUCUCUCCACAACUGUCGCGAUUUCAGCGGGGAUCUGAUCUCUGAAAUUGGAAGGAAAUGCAAAGACUUAAGGCUGCUCUGUUUGGGUUCAGUGGCAGAGAAAGUUGGUCGAACCAUUGACCGUUGUGCUCUGGAGGAUUUACUGAAUGGUUGCUCCCAUUUAGAGGGCUUAGCACUAAUGUUUGACCUUUCAUUGUAUCUUCGUCCUGGCGAUUGUCGCAUUUUUGGAUUAGUAUCUGAUAAACUCACACAUCUUGAGCUUGGACACAUCUCGGCAAGGAUGAUGACUCAACUGCUCACAUCAACUGAAAUAUCCGGGCAAGACAACAAUAACCCUGUUGCAUCUACUGUGCUUCAGAAUGUCCAGCAGUUGCGCCUCUCUGUUGAUUGUAUCACCGAUGCUGUAGUCAAGGCAAUAUCGAAGUCUCUUACCUCGUUGAUAGAUUUGGACCUAAGAGAUGCACCUAUCGAGGAUCCAAGACAAGUAUCAGACCUCACGGAUUUCGGUCUCCAGGAGAUCAAUCAGAACGGUAAGCUGAAGCACCUCUCUCUAAUCCGGAGCCAGGAGUUUCACCAGACGUACUUCCGGCGAGUUAGCGACCAAGGAAUGCUUUUCCUUGCUGACAAAUGUUUGGGAAUGGAAAGCGUUUGUCUCGGCGGCUUUUGUCGGGUAACGGAUGCUGGUUUCAAGACUAUCCUCCACUCUUGCGCUAGCCUCUCCAAGUUUAGCGUAUACCAUGGACCGAAACUGACGGAUCUUGUCUUCCACGACGUCCUAGCAACUACGUUAUCGCUUAGUCACGUUAGCCUGCGAAGGUGCCAUCUUCUCACCGACCACGCGAUUCAAAAGCUGGCGUUGAAUCUCAAGCUCGAGGAUCUUGACCUAAGAGGUUGCAGAAACCUCAGGGACGAAGCCUUAAAAGCCAUCUCUCGUCUACCAAAACUGAAACUUUUACUUCUUGAUGGCACCGAUAUAACCGACACAGGCCUUUCUUAUCUAAAAGAGGGAGUUUUGUGUUCCCUAGUUUCUUUAUCUGUGAGAGGUUGCAGAAACCUAACAGACGAGUUCAUGAUUACUUUAUUUGAUGGAUCCUCGAAGCUAGCUCUGCGCGAACUCGACUUGUCCAACCUUUCUAACCUGACCGAUGCUGCGGUUUUCGCUCUUGCGAAAUCUGGAGCUCCGAUUACAAGGCUCAAGCUAAGAGAAUGCAGACUGAUAGGGGAUGCCUCGGUGAUGGCUCUUGCAUCUACGCGGGUCUACGAAGACGAAUGUCCAGGGAGUAGCUUGGGUUUGUUGGAUCUUUAUGACUGUGGUGGCAUCACUCAACUCUCAUUCAAAUGGCUAAGGAAACCGUUUUUCCCGAGGCUUAAAUGGUUAGGGAUCACAGGAAGCGUGAACAGAGAUAUCGUAGAUGCUUUGGCGAGGAGACGACCGUAUUUGCAGGUCUCUUGCCGUGGAGAAGAGCUUGUGAAUGAUGGAGAAGACGACUGGGACUCUGCAGAUAUACACCAAUACAUGGAAGCACAAGAAGAUGAGCUUGAACAGUGGAUUCUAGGAGACGAAGGUGAUGUUGAAAUGGAAGAUGCAGAGGAUGAAGGAAGUGAAGAAGACUGA